AUGGAGUCUGAUGAUGAAGAUCUCAAGCUGGCGAUGGCAAUGUCCUUACAAGCGAAUUCGCCCCGGACUACUGGCGUCAGCGCAUCGGGCGAUAAGCACGAGUCAAUCGACCUCACGUCUGACACCGAGGACGAAGAUGAUGACGAUCUCAGGCGUGCGAUUGCCCUAUCCAUGCAGGAAAGCGGGAAUAGUGACAUGCAACAGUCAUCGGCUUCGAGCGCAUCGACAACGGACGUGACUAAAGCAGCAGCUGUCGUCGACAAACCUCCAGGUUUCAUGGGUAUCGAUCGAAAAGCCAUGGAAUUGGAGCGUCUCGCAAGGCUUGGUAAAAGGAAGCGCGAGACAUCCCCCGAGGUAUCUUCUAAGCAAGUUGCAAGAGCGCCCACCGCGAACAGUGAUGCGAACGAAACACCGUUACAAUAUCCGAACGGCGCGAUCAAGCGCACAUUUGCGUCGAAGUACCCACGAACUGACGACAUCACCAUUGAAGAACUACUAGAAGCCGACAAAGUCAACACCGCUGUCAUCAGCUCAUUUCAGUACGACUCGGGAUGGCUAUACGAAAAACUCGACCCGGCAAAGGUCAAGCAGAUCUGGCUGAUGACUGGCAAGCACAGAGGCGAGGACGUUCAAGCAAAGCGCAUUCAAGAAUGGAGGGAGUCUCGCGUACCGAACAUGAAGCUACAUUUUCCGCCUAUGGGUGGCAUGAUAGCAACCAUGCACAGCAAGUUCAUACUGUUGUUUGGAAAAGACAAGCUGCGCAUUGCGGUCCCAACUGCAAAUAUGACACAGACCGACUGGGGCGAGGUCGCAAACGACUGGCAGCCCGGUAUCAUGGAGAAUUCGGUGUUCUUGAUAGACCUCCCUCGCAGACAUGACGGUACUGUCACGGAGGCGAAAGACUUGACACCUUUUGGUCGCGAAUUGGUAUACUUCUUGGAGCAGCAGGAAGUGGGUCCGCAGGUCAUCACCGGCCUGUUGAAAUGCAACUUCUCGAAGACUAGUCAUUUGGCCUUUGUGCACUCCGUUGGCGGUUCGCACAAGACCGAAUCAACCCAUCCCACGGGUCUCCCUGGCCUCGCGCAUGCUAUACGAGAGCUUCAUUUAGACGACGUCGAACGUAUCGAGCUCGACUAUGCGGCAUCCUCCCUCGGUUCCAUCAAUGAUACCUUCUUAUCGCGCAUCCGUCUCGCAGCAUGCGGCAAGUCGUUCGGAACAGACACUGCACCGGAACCCAACCUGCGCGAUUGCUUUCGGAUAUACUUCCCUACCAACGACACGGUUGAAAAGAGCAUGGGCGGCCCUGACUGUGCCGGUAUCAUUACGUUGACAAGACAGGCGUACAACGCACCAUCAUUUCCAAGAGAAUGCAUGCGAGACUACGACUCGAUGCGACGAGGGAUGCUGUCGCAUAACAAAUUGCUCUUCGCGCGAGGUCGUAAGAAGAAUGGAAAGCCCUUUGCCUGGGUUUACGUCGGCUCUGCCAAUAUAUCCGAAUCAGCGUGGGGAGGGCAAAAGGUGUUGAAAAGCGGACAAAUGGGGAGUCUGAACAUUAGGAAUUGGGAGUGUGGUGUUGUCAUGCCUGUACCAGAGACAAAGCUUCAGGGUCUCAAGCAGGAUGACGUACCACCGAUGAGCGUGUUCGACGGCACUAUUGAGGUUCCCUUUCGAGUGCCUGCGGACGAAUACAAGGGCAAACAGCCCUGGUUCUUCAGGUCAUGA